AUGGGUCAUCAACGAGCCUAUUAUCCCGGUCUAGAGGUCUCGACAAAUGCGCAAGUCGGACAGGGGCUGGAAGUCUUCCGCGGUGACGACGGCUUGGAGGUUGUCAACUUUGGGCUGGACGCCGUUGGUAGUGGUUCCAAAAACGAGGCUGAAAUCAAGGAGAGCGAACGAAAAGAACCUGUGAGAAAGAAGCUGUGGCUCAUCGUAGCAGGCGUCGUCAUUUCGCUGCUUGUGAUUGCCGCAGCGGUUGCGGGCGGCGUUGUUGCAUCGCGACGACACGGACACAAGUCAGCCACAACAAGACCAGACGAUUCCGCGGGCUCUCAACCUUCUUCCACCCCGUCGACCUCUUCCAACUCGUCAAGCUCGCCCAAUGCCGCUUAUGCGCGCUCAGGCGUCGGAGUCACGGGGUGGUGGACGAGCUCCUCAAGCUUCAACAUCCGCCUCAUCUACCAGGGACAGGACGGCGACUUGCGGCUGAUGCGGUAUCACUCCGGCGAUGGCAAGUGGUCGAUGUUGGCUACCUUUGAGGACACAAAGGCUAAGCGAGGCACUCCGAUUGCGGCAUCGUGCUUCAAUGUUCCCGUCUUUUACUUCACCCCGGUGACGGACAGUAAUAACUACAUGCAAGUAGAGAUAUUCUAUCUCAACGACCAAGACGAACUCCAAGAGUGGGUCUACAGAGAGCAGGACAUCCCUUCGUCUUCGGCACAAACACACAAUGGCAGCGGAAUCAUGUCGUCCAAAGGCUGGAAGGCAGGGACAAACUCAAGGCUAGCAGCAUACUGGCCGAGCGUCAUCUAUCAGGACGGCGAUAACUUGAUGCAAGAAGCUUAUCUUGCCAAUCUGACUUGGAACCAAGAGAAGGUGGGCUUGAAGUGCCAUGGAAACUCAAGCAUUGCAGAGAUUCCGUACACUGUCAACGCAGGAAGAAGUGGAGGCGAGAGGCUCAUCUAUCAGCGGGACGACCAGAAGCUCCUUGUCGAAGAAAGGCACAAUUUGACCGAUGAGUUGAGUACGGAUGCGCCAGCUUUCACUGUCCCGGCCAAUGCACCCAUGGGAGCAUUCACCGUGCCCCGAGAUAGUACAAACACAUCUGACGGCGCCAUGAAUACGUAUAUCCUCUGGCAAGACGACACGGGCGCUCUCCAGAUGACUUGGGAGGAUGACAGCACAGGAUGGCGAACCUCGUCGACGCCUGCAUCCCUGGGAAGCCCCGACAAUGGCACGGACAUCUCCUGUCUCACGCCGACGAUUUGGUCCGUCACAUCUUUGCUGUCGGACUACGGCAUGGCUCGGUGUUAUUAUCUGGUUGAUGGGCAUAUCAGGGAGGUGCAAUAUGACGGCUCGAACUGGUCCGUGAUUGGAAAUGUGCAAGUGGAUUGA